UAGUCGCGGCAAAACCCAGUAAUUCCGAGGGAGAGUGAGUGGGGCCGGGACCGGCCGAGCACAGCCCACACCUCUCCGCCUCAGCGCGCGUGGGCAGGCCAGGGGGCUCCGCAGGACCACGUAGCCGAAGCCCAUUUCCAGGGGCGCUUUGCUCCCCGUUUCCCCCCGCUUCUUUCUCCCCGCUUCACCGGAACGGCUGGUCAAGGGGCGGGGGAAAGAGACCCAAACACAAAAGUGGAAAACAGUUAAUGACCAGCCACAGCGUCUGCUGUGAGCUUCGGCCACUGCCUGUAGGGCUCCUGAGCCACAAGCAGGUUGCUUUGGGUGCUGGCUGAGGUAACAUGGCUUAUUGGCCUCAGUUGAGGUUGCUGCUAUGGAAGAACCUUACUUUCAGAAGAAGACAAACAUGUCAGCUCUUGCUGGAAGUGGCCUGGCCUCUGUUCAUCUUCCUGAUCCUAAUCUCUGUUCGGCUGAGCUACCCACCUUAUGAACAACAUGAAUGUCACUUUCCAAAUAAAGCCAUGCCCUCCGCAGGAACACUUCCUUGGUUGCAGGGGAUUAUCUGUAAUGCCAACAACCCCUGUUUCCGUUAUCCAACCCCUGGUGAGGCCCCAGGGGUUGUUGGAAACUUUAACAAGUCCAUUGUGUCUCGCCUGUUCUCAGAUGCUCGGAGACUUCUUUUAUACAGCCAGAAAGACACCAGCAUGAAAGACAUACAUAAAGUUCUGAGGACAUUACAGCAGAUCAAGAAUUCCAGUCCAAGCUUGAAGCUUCAGGAUUUCCUGGUGGACAAUGAAACCUUCUCUGGAUUCCUGAAUCAGAAUCUCUCUCUGCCAAGGCCAACUGUGGAUAAAAUGCUGAGAGCUGAUGUCAGUCUGCAGAAGGUAUUUUUGCAAGGUUACCAGUUACAUUUGACCAAUCUGUGCAAUGGAUCCAAAUUGAAAGAUGUCAUUCAACUUGGUGACCCAGAAGCUUCUGAGCUCUGUGAUCUAUCAAGGGAGAAACUGGAUGCAGCAGAGCGAGUGCUUCGUUCCAACAUGGACAUCCUGAAGCCGAUCGUGACAAGACUGAACUCUACAUCUCCCUUCCCAACAAAGCAGCUGGCCGAAGCCACCAGGACUUUGCUGGAUAGUCUUGGGAGUCUGGCCCAAGAGCUGUUCAGCAUGAGGAGCUGGAGUGACAUGCGACAGGAGGUGAUGUUUCUGACCAACGUGAACAGCUCCAGCUCCUCCACCCAAAUAUACCAGGCUGUGUCCCGCAUUGUCUGCGGCCAUCCGGAGGGCGGGGGCCUGAAGAUCAAGUCUCUCAACUGGUAUGAGGACAACAACUACAAAGCCCUCUUUGGAGGCAAUGGCACCGAGGAAGAUGCUGACACCUUCUAUGACAACUCUACAACUCCUUAUUGCAAUGAUUUGAUGAAGAAUUUGGAGUCUAGUCCUCUUUCCCGCAUCAUUUGGAAAGCUCUCAAGCCUCUGCUUGUUGGGAAGAUUCUGUAUACACCUGACACUCCAGCCACAAGGCAGGUUAUGGCUGAGGUGAACAAGACCUUCCAGGAGCUGGCUGUGUUCCAUGAUCUGGAAGGCAUGUGGGAAGAACUCAGCCCCAAGAUCUGGACCUUCAUGGAGAAUAGCCAAGAAAUGGACCUGGUUCGGACACUGUUGGACAGCAGAAGCAAUGACCACUUUUGGGAACAGCAGUUGGAUGGCUUAGACUGGACAGCCCAAGACAUCGUGGCAUUUCUGGCCAAGCACCCAGAAGAUGUCCAGUCUGUUAAUGGCUCUGUGUACACCUGGAGAGAAGCUUUCAAUGAGACCAACAGGGCAAUCCAGACCAUAUCUCGCUUCAUGGAGUGUGUCAACCUGAACAAGCUGGAACCCAUACCCACAGAGGUCCGGCUCAUCAACAAGUCCAUGGAGCUGCUGGAUGAGAGGAAGUUCUGGGCGGGCAUUGUGUUCACGGGAAUCACUCCAGGCAGUGCUGAGCUGCCCCAUCACGUCAAGUACAAGAUCCGAAUGGACAUUGACAACGUGGAGAGGACAAACAAAAUCAAGGAUGGGUACUGGGACCCUGGUCCUCGGGCUGACCCCUUUGAGGAUAUGCGGUACGUCUGGGGGGGCUUCGCCUACUUGCAGGAUGUGGUGGAGCAGGCAAUCAUCAGGGUGCUGACGGGCACCGAGAAGAAAACUGGUGUCUAUGUGCAGCAGAUGCCCUACCCCUGUUAUGUCGAUGACAUCUUCCUGCGGGUGAUGAGCCGGUCAAUGCCCCUCUUCAUGACGCUGGCCUGGAUCUACUCUGUGGCUGUGAUCAUCAAGGGCAUUGUGUAUGAGAAGGAGGCGCGGCUGAAGGAGACCAUGCGGAUCAUGGGCCUGGACAACGGCAUCCUCUGGUUUAGCUGGUUCAUCAGCAGCCUCAUCCCUCUGCUUGUGAGUGCCGGCCUGCUGGUGGUCAUCUUGAAGUUAGGAAACCUGCUGCCCUACAGCGACCCCAGCGUGGUGUUUGUCUUCCUGUCCGUGUUUGCCGUGGUGACCAUCCUGCAGUGCUUCCUGAUUAGCACUCUCUUCUCCCGGGCCAACCUGGCAGCAGCCUGUGGGGGCAUCAUCUACUUCACACUGUACCUGCCCUACGUCCUGUGCGUGGCGUGGCAGGACUACGUGGGUUUCACAGUCAAGAUCUUUGCCAGCCUGCUAUCUCCUGUGGCCUUUGGGUUUGGCUGUGAGUACUUUGCCCUUUUUGAGGAGCAGGGCAUUGGCGUGCAGUGGGACAACCUCUUUGAGAGCCCCGUGGAGGAAGAUGGCUUCAACCUCACCACUUCCGUCUCCAUGAUGCUGUUUGACACCUUCCUCUAUGGGGUGAUGACCUGGUACAUUGAGGCCGUCUUUCCAGGCCAGUAUGGAAUUCCCAGGCCCUGGUAUUUUCCUUUCACCAAGUCCUACUGGUUUGGUGAGGAAAGUGAUGAGAAGAGCCACCCUGGUUCCAGUCAGAAGGGAGUGUCAGAAAUCUGCAUGGAAGAGGAACCCACUCACCUGAAACUGGGUGUGUCCAUUCAGAACCUGGUGAAGAUUUACAGAGAUGGCAUGAAGGUGGCUGUUGAUGGCCUGGCACUGAAUUUUUAUGAGGGCCAGAUCACCUCCUUUCUGGGUCACAAUGGAGCAGGGAAGACAACCACCAUGUCCAUCCUGACUGGGUUGUUCCCUCCUACCUCGGGCACUGCCUACAUCUUGGGAAAGGAUAUUCGCUCUGAGAUGAGCACCAUCCGGCAGAACCUGGGGGUCUGUCCCCAGCACAAUGUUCUGUUUGACAUGCUCACUGUGGAAGAGCACAUUUGGUUCUAUGCCCGCCUGAAGGGGCUUUCUGAGAAGCAUGUCAAAGCAGAGAUGGAACAGAUGGCCCUGGAUGUUGGUCUGCCGCCCAGCAAGCUGAAAAGCAAAACAAGUCAGUUGUCAGGUGGGAUGCAGAGAAAACUGUCUGUGGCCUUGGCUUUUGUUGGGGGAUCCAAGGUUGUCAUUCUGGAUGAGCCCACAGCUGGUGUGGACCCCUACUCCCGCAGGGGAAUAUGGGAGCUGCUGCUGAAAUACCGACAAGGCCGCACCAUUAUUCUCUCUACACACCACAUGGAUGAAGCAGACAUCCUGGGGGACAGGAUUGCUAUCAUUUCCCAUGGAAAGUUGUGCUGUGUGGGCUCCUCCUUGUUCCUGAAGAACCAGCUGGGAACAGGCUACUACCUGACCCUGGUCAAGAAAGAUGUGGAAUCCUCCCUCAGUUCCUGCCGAAAUAGCAGCAGCACUGUGUCAUACCUGAAAAAGGUGGUGCCUGAGCUUCCCCCAGCUGGGCAGAGUGGAGGCAGAGGAGGAGAGGUGCAGAGGCUGGUGGCGCUGACUCAAGAUGUCUCGGCCAUCUCCAACCUCAUCAGGAAGCAUGUGUCUGAAGCCCGGCUGGUGGAGGACAUUGGGCAUGAGUUGACCUACGUCCUGCCAUAUGAAGCUGCUAAGGAGGGGGCAUUUGUGGAACUCUUCCAUGAGAUCGAUGACCGGCUCUCAGACCUGGGCAUCUCCAGUUAUGGCAUCUCAGAGACUACCUUGGAAGAAAUAUUCCUCAAAGUGGCUGAAGAGAGUGGGGUGGAUGCUGAGACCUCAGACGGUACUUUGCCAGCAAGACGAAACCGGCGGGCCUUUGGAGACAAGCAGAGCUGCCUUCGUCCAUUCACCGAAGAUGAUGCUAUUGAUCCCAAUGACUCUGACAUAGACCCAGAAUCCAGGGAGACAGACCUGCUCAGUGGGAUGGAUGGUAAAGGCUCCUAUCAGGUGAAGGGCUGGAAACUCACACAGCAGCAGUUUGUGGCUCUUUUGUGGAAGAGGCUGCUGAUCGCCAGACGGAGUAGAAAAGGAUUCUUUGCUCAGAUUGUGCUGCCAGCUGUGUUUGUCUGCAUUGCCCUGGUGUUCAGUCUGAUUGUGCCACCCUUUGGCAAGUACCCCAGCCUGGAACUUCAGCCCUGGAUGUACAAUGAGCAGUAUACUUUUGUCAGUAAUGAUGCUCCUGAGGACACUGGCACCCAGCAACUCUUGAAUGCCCUCACCAAAAACCCUGGCUUUGGGACCCGAUGUAUGGAAGGAAACCCAAUCCCAGACGCUCCCUGCUUGGCAGGGGAGGAGGAGUGGACGACUGCCCCGGUUCCCCAGACCAUCAUGGACCUCUUCCAAAAGGGGAACUGGACGAUGGAGAACCCCUCACCUGCCUGCCAGUGUAGCAGUGACAAAAUCAAGAAGAUGCUGCCCGUGUGUCCCCCAGGGGCAGGGGGCAUGCCACCUCCACAGAGAAAACAGAACACUGCAGACAUCCUUCAGAACCUGACGGGAAGGAAUAUCUCGGAUUACCUGGUGAAGACGUAUGUGCAGAUCAUAGCCAAAAGCUUAAAGAAUAAGAUUUGGGUGAAUGAGUUUAGGUAUGGUGGGUUUUCCCUCGGUGUCAGUAACUCUCAAGCACUUCCCCCGAGUCAAGAAGUUAAUGAUGCCAUCAAGCAAGUGAAAAAACACUUGAAGCUGGCCAAGGACAGUUCUGCCGAACGAUUUCUCAACAGCUUGGGAAGGUUCAUGACAGGACUGGACACCAAAAAUAAUGUCAAGGUGUGGUUCAAUAACAAAGGCUGGCAUGCUAUCAGCUCUUUCCUGAACGUCAUCAACAACGCCAUUCUCCGGGCCAACCUGCAGAACGGGGAGAACCCUAGCCAGUAUGGGAUUACUGCUUUCAAUCACCCCCUGAAUCUCACCAAGCAGCAGCUCUCGGAAGUGGCUCUGAUGACCACAUCAGUAGAUGUGCUUGUGUCCAUAUGUGUCAUCUUUGCGAUGUCCUUUGUCCCAGCCAGCUUUGUUGUGUUCCUGAUCCAGGAGCGGGUCAGCAAAGCCAAGCACCUACAGUUUAUCAGUGGAGUGAAGCCUGUCAUCUACUGGCUUUCCAAUUUUGUCUGGGAUAUGUGCAAUUAUGUGGUCCCUGCUACAUUGGUCAUUAUCAUCUUCAUCUGCUUCCAGCAGAAGUCCUAUGUGUCCUCCACCAACCUGCCUGUGCUAGCCCUUCUUCUUUUGCUAUAUGGGUGGUCCAUCACACCUCUUAUGUACCCAGCCUCCUUCGUGUUCAAGAUCCCCAGCACAGCCUAUGUGGUGCUCACCAGCGUGAACCUCUUCAUUGGCAUCAAUGGCAGCGUGGCCACUUUUGUGCUGGAGCUCUUCACCAACAAUAAGCUGAAUAACAUCAAUGAUAUCCUGAAAUCUGUGUUCUUGAUCUUCCCACAUUUUUGCCUGGGACGAGGGCUCAUUGACAUGGUGAAAAACCAGGCUAUGGCUGAUGCCCUGGAAAGAUUUGGGGAGAAUCGCUUUGUCUCUCCACUCUCGUGGGACUUGGUGGGACGAAACCUUUUUGCCAUGGCUGUGGAAGGGGUGGUGUUCUUCCUCAUAACUGUUCUGAUCCAGUACAGAUUCUUCAUCAGGCCCAGACCUGUGAAAGCAAAGCUUCCUCCUUUGAAUGAUGAGGAUGAAGAUGUAAGGCGGGAAAGACAGAGAAUUCUGGAUGGUGGAGGACAGAAUGAUAUUUUGGAAAUCAAGGAGUUGACUAAGAUAUAUAGGAGGAAGAGGAAGCCCGCCGUUGACAGGAUUUGUGUUGGCAUUCCUCCUGGUGAGUGCUUUGGACUUCUGGGAGUUAACGGUGCUGGGAAAUCGUCAACUUUCAAGAUGCUAACUGGAGACACUACUGUUACCAGAGGGGAUGCUUUUCUUAACAAAAAUAGCAUCUUGUCAAACAUCCAUGAAGUACAUCAGAACAUGGGCUACUGCCCUCAGUUUGAUGCCAUCACAGAGCUGCUGACUGGGAGAGAGCAUGUAGAAUUCUUUGCCCUCUUGAGAGGAGUCCCAGAGAAAGAAGUCGGCAAGGUUGGUGAAUGGGCAAUUCGGAAACUGGGCCUUGUGAAGUAUGGAGAGAAAUAUGCUGGUAACUAUAGUGGAGGCAACAAGCGCAAGCUUUCAACAGCCAUGGCUUUGAUUGGUGGGCCUCCUGUGGUAUUUCUGGAUGAACCAACCACAGGCAUGGAUCCCAAAGCCCGAAGAUUCCUGUGGAAUUGUGCCCUAAGCAUUGUUAAGGAGGGGAGAUCAGUAGUGCUUACAUCUCACAGUAUGGAAGAAUGUGAAGCUCUUUGCACUAGGAUGGCAAUUAUGGUCAAUGGGAGGUUCAGGUGUCUUGGCAGUGUCCAACAUCUGAAGAAUAGGUUUGGAGAUGGUUAUACGAUAGUUGUACGAAUAGCAGGAUCCAACCCUGACCUGAAGCCUGUCCAGGAGUUCUUUGGACUUGCCUUCCCAGGAAGUGUCCUAAAAGAGAAACACCGGAACAUGCUCCAGUACCAGCUUCCCUCUUCAUUAUCUUCUCUGGCUAGGAUAUUCAGCAUCCUCUCCCAGAGCAAAAAGCGACUCCAUAUAGAAGACUACUCUGUUUCUCAGACAACGCUUGACCAAGUAUUUGUGAACUUUGCCAAGGACCAAAGUGAUGAUGACCACUUAAAGGACUUGUCAUUACACAAAAACCAGACAGUAGUGGAUGUUGCAGUUCUCACAUCUUUUCUACAGGAUGAGAAAGUGAAAGAAAGUUAUGUAUGAAGAAUGCUGUUUCACACAGGGUAACUGAACAUAAGGAGGGACUAGAUCUUCCUUUACACAGUGUGAAGUGUUCCAGAAGAACGUGCUGGAAGUUUUUGUGGGAAGAAGUAAACUGGAUACUGUACUGAUACUAUUCAAUGCAAUGCAAUUCAAUGCAAUGAAAACAAAAUUCCAUUACAGGGGCAGUGCCUUUGUAGCCUAUGUCUUGUAUGGCUCUCUGUGAAAAAGACUUGAAUUUAGUUUAUUACCUUUACCUAUGUGAAACUCUAAUAUGGAACCCAGUGGACAAAUGGGUUUGAAGUCAUACAUUUUUGUUCCUGUGUAUCCUCACUGGGAUUGCAACAACGGUUCAUCAAAUAACCAUGGCCAGUGAUUAUCAAAAUCAAAGGUGUGUACAUCCUCAUCCUUUAAGCCAUGCUAUUCCAGGAGACUGGUUUCCUGGUGACACAACCGUUGCUGGCAAUGAGUGUGCCAGAAUUACUAGUGCCAAGUUGCUCAGAAAAUCUGAAACACCAUGGUGUAUUGCACACCUUUGUAAAGCUGCUCUGCUCAGAGUCUAUCAACAUCAUUAACUAUCAGGUGACAAAAUGGUGCCACGUAUGGCUAACGUCCUUCUCUGAUUCCCUUUCUGAUGAGCUGCUUUGGUGGCUGUAAUAUGCAAAGUAUGGAUAUCUCUACACACAGUAAACUUGAUUCCAUUGUUAUUUGCUCCAUGCUUGGAGCCAUGGGUCUUCAGGGUCUUUCUGGGACUAUUUAAAUACACUUAGAUCCUGGUAAGAAGCAAAGGCUCAGCAGCCAAACUGCUGGAGCUGUAAGCUGCUGAAGUCAGGGGAUGGGAUUAAAGAGAUGGUGUGUUCAAACCUAGGGAGGCCUGUGCCCAUUCGUUCUGAUUGCUAACACGGUACACUGCAUCUCAAGAAUUUUGUUAUUUGACACAGGUGUAGUAUUAUUUCUGGCUUUUUGAACUAAUCUGGAAUUGAAAAGAUAGACUUGUAUUUUGACAAAAUCUUUGUACUAUUAUGUCACUUGGAAUUUUAAGUUAUAUCAGUGAUUUACAAAACCUUAGAAUGACCUCUUUGUAGGACCCUGUGGUAUAGAGGAGUAUGGUCACACUGCCUCACUAGCUUUAUUUUUCCUAUAUAAAAUUUGCAGAUAGAAUGUCUGACUAGUGCCUAGUGACUAGAAAACAAUGUGGGGGUCAAGAUCUCAUGACAUUGUAGUUCAAUUUAAGACCAUGUAGGAUACUCUUAAAUCAGUUUAUCAAUCAAGUAUUUUUUUGAGUGUAUGCUAUAGAUGAAUGUGUAUGUAUGUAUAUAUGGAUGGAUGGAUAGAGGUGUGGGGAGAAAUUAAGUCUCAGUAGAUUUCCUGUGCCAUUGCCAUGUUAUUCAGCUAACUGUUUUACAAAAGAUAGGUUGUUUCAUUGUGGUUAUGGAAGCCCACUUAAAGAAUAUUGGCCAGCUUUUUUUUUUUUUUUUUUUUCUUUUUUAAAUAGCAACAGUGCAAAAAGCCAGAAAGGGUCACAAGGAUGAACCUAUUCUUUCAAAGAGAAAUCAGCUUGCUUGGGAACUUGUUGAAUACAACUUAUACUUAUGACAUUUAGUACCAUCAAGUAAUUGGUUCUACAGAAAUGUUAGACACCCCAUUAAAUCUCUGACAAUCAAUCUCAAAUUUUGCAUCUCUUCAAUCAUUAAACUAUCCUGAAAAAAAUAAAAACAGCAAAUACUUCCACAUGGAAUAGUUUUCAGACUUUUCUAACUUAAUCUUUUAAAAGAAUUUUUUUUGGUUAAUAACAUGUUUUAAAAAUAUUACUUCAUUAAUGCUUAGUGUCAUCUUUCUUGAGACAAAACAAAAAAUAUGAGAGAACUGCUGUUUGGUAUGUUCAAGUGAACUUUCAACAUCAGUAAUUUCUUCAAUUAUAUCUAAAAUUUAAAUGUUAACUCUAAAAGCAUAUGAUUUCAGAAAUAUUUCAAGUGUGUGUGUAUAUAUGUGAAUAUAUACAUACAUAUAUAUUUAAAUUUAUAGAAUGUUAUGUAGCUCAUUGCUUAACAAUGACAAAAUUAAUGUCAGUAUUUUCUAAAAUGAUAAUCAAUGCAUAUUUUCAAUAACUAUUGACACAAGAUCACUAUAUUAAUGCUACUUUCAAAGACAUAAGUUUCAAAGAAUAAGUUUCUCAUUAAUUUUAAAAAUAAAAUAAAAAUCCAGUGGUUUUCUCAUUUCACCUUAAAUCGUGUUCUCAUUCAUUAUAUUAAAUCCAUGAGUGACUCCUUCCUCUUAAUUACUUUUGACUUCAAGGCCAUACUUUAAAACAUCAAAAGGCACUGUGAACUAUUUAAAAAAAAAUUAAAUGUAGAUUUUAAAGGGUCUUUUCUGAAGCUAGAAAUAAUCUACAGUUCUACAUUAACUUCAUUACUCUUGUGUUACCUUUUAGACUACCCAAAUAGUAAUCUUUAAAAGUCCCCUGUGUAAAUUUAAUUAUGGUAGAAUUUUUUUUAACCAGCUCUAUUCUUUAAUAAAAUUUCUACAUAUUCCCUGUGGAUGUGUAACUAUGUGAGUUUCAGAAAUUCUCAAAAGAAGUGUUCAAAGAUUUCUGCUCUUGCAUCUUUUGGAUACCUUGGAAAACUUAUUAACUGUGAAUAUAAAAAAAUACAAAAGAAAAUUACAAGUCCUCUCCAUGUAAAUACCCAGUACUCUUCAAUUAUUAAAAAACAACCAAACCUCAAACUACUGUAUUUUGAUAUCUGUACUGAAAGCAUAUGCUUUGUGACUAUUAAAUGUUGUACAUCAUUCAUUCACUGUAUAGUAAUCAUUGACUAAAGGGAUUUGUCUAUGUUUUCUUCUCAUGGUUGUAUAUAUCAGGUAAAAUUUUUUCCAAAGAGCCAUGUGUCAUGUAAGUGAACCACUUUGAUACUGAGAUAUUAAUUUGUAUUCUUACUUACUAGUAAUAAUGUAAUACCAUAGUUAAUACUGCUCUGAUUCUUUUCAAAAUUGUUGCAUCCCUUUUUACAGAAUGUUUAUAUUUCCAUAAGGAUUAGGUAUGCUAUUAUUCCUUCUUAUACCCUAGGGUAAAGCUGUUCUUAUGCUUUGUCUUUAUCAUUGGCCCUUCAUUCCAAGCACUUUAUGCUGUCUGUAAUGGAUCUAUUUUUGCACUGGAAUAUCUGAGAAUUGCAAAACUAGACAAAAGUUUCACAAUAGAUUUCUAAGUUAAAUCAUUUUCAUUAAAAGGAAAAAAAAACAAAAAAAAUUUGUAUUGUCAGUAACUUUAUAUGAUGUAUUAAAAGGCUUAUUUCUAUGUUGUAAUGAGUCACAAAAUAAAGCUGUGACAGUUCUAUUGUCUAUGCAAAUUUACUUUUGUGGACUUAUAGCACCACCUGCUGUUGAAGUGUUAAUAAAGUCAAUGAAAAGGAAGAAAUGUCCCUCAUAGAUCUGGGGAUGCUAUUUGGAUCAAAAGUAAAAAUUUUAGAAAAGGUUCAAAUAUCCUACUAAUCAAAACAGAAUUUGGGACUACUUGAAUAGAAAGUGGUGUUAUCCUCUUUCGAGAUUCAGUU